CAAUCAUGGCUGAGGAAUUAAAAGACACGAUCGCUCAGAGUCUGGAGUGUCCCGUUUGUCUGACUACCUUUACUGAUCCAAAGAUCCUGUCUUGUUCCCACACCUACUGCAAGGUCUGUCUGGAAAAGCUCUUGGAAUGCCAUGGUGAUGAUCAGAUGAUCCGAUGUCCUGUCUGCAAAGCUGAUACCCAGGUCCCACACCAGGAUGUUGACAAACUACCGGCAAGCCAAGCUUUGAGGAAUCUCAUAGAGGACGUGAAAAAUCAACAUCAAAUCUGUACGAAUUGUGAUUCCGAGAAUAAGCCCAAAGCUGUUGUCUACUGCCAAGACUGUGGCAACUAUCUAUGUCUUACUUGCCACAAUAUGCACUCUCAGUGGAAAAACUUUGUUGAUCAUGAGAUCAUAGCCAUGAGUGAGAUCUCAUCAGGAAAGGUGUCAAUACGUAGAUACCGGAAAUGCAGGAAACAUCCGAAAGAAGAUGAAGAAUGUUUCUGUUCUAAUUGUAAGAGAUUCACAUGCUUCAGGUGUGCUGUUAUGGAACAUAAGGAUCAAGGACACCAGGUCAUCGAGUCAGCUGCUUAUGAAAGUCAUCACACGAAGACAAUCGACGAGCUUAAAUCCAAGGUGGAGAAGAAACAAUCUAGCUUUCAGAAUUACAUCGAUCUCAUCGAUAAAGAGCAGAAGUGUGUGGAUGAUGCUAUGAAGCAUUGCGCAGAUGACAUCGUCAAAGCAUAUGAUGAAGCAGUUCAGCAGUUGACAGAGAAGAGAGAAAUCCUACUUGGUGAAGUCAAGGGAAAGACUGAAAGAGUAGAGGAAGCCCUGGGAGGAAUGAAGAAAUCAGCUCAGCAGCACAUCAAUCAGUUGACGACCAUUGCUGAGAUGGUAAUCAAUAGGAGAAAUGCGCCAGUAGACAUGGAUACUCGGGCUGUAUUUGAUACUUUAUGUGAAGACCUGCAGGAGGCCUUAAAUCAGGAAAAUCCUGAUUGCGAGCAGCCGAAUAAAACAUGCAUGAAGGCGAAAAGUUCCAGUUUUGAGAGAAAUAGCGGAAAGGACGAGUUAGGUCUUGGUAAAAUUGUUAAUGUAGUUGUAAAGAGCAUAGCUUUGCCUACUAAAGAUAGCAUGAAUGCCAUGAUAAACACACCAGAUUGUAGUAUGGCAGUAGGAUGUGUGAAAGCACACGGCGUGAACAUCUUCUCUGCUGAUGGUCAUCUCCAGCAGACAGUCCUCAAGGAUGUUCAGAUUUUUGCAUUAGGUUUCCUCUCUGAUGGUCGAUGUGUUGCAAUGGAUAACUCAAACACUCUAGCACUGUAUACACCAGAGUUCAUGAAGUUGGAUGUGAUUUUUGAGACUCUGAAUUGCGAUGAAGGUGGGAUUUCUAACCUCACUGUUGAUAGUGAUGAUCUGAUCUAUGUUAGCUACAGGAAACCUGAGAAGAUCCAGGUAUUCUCAUCAGCAGGUGGGAAGGCAGUCAAGGAGAUACAAUGCCACGGAUAUGUACCAUCGCAAAUCACUUCUUACAAUGAUUCACUAAUCAUUAGUACAGGUGAAACAGUACAUUUGAUAGACAAAGAAGGUGAUGUAAAACAUACAUUAACCAAAGGAAGUAAUACUUGCCUAUAUGCUGCAGUGUCUCAAAGCAAUACAAUCCUGAUAGCCAUGGUGAAGUACGAUGAAGGAUUGGUGAUCAUUGAGGAGUAUACUGACGAGCUGAAGUACGUUCGGAACCUCGUUAAAGAGUACAAGAUUGAGAAGCCUGAGAGACUUUGGUAUUAUCUCAAGCAGUACCAUUCAGGAGAGAUCGCCUUCUGCACUCCUGAUAACCUCUAUAUUAUCAUACGCGGAUCCAGGGGGAGGGGUAGAUUCGAGGGGUCCGGGCACCCCCUAUCGGCGGAGCAAAAAGAAGGAAAAAGCGGGGGAAAAAGAAGGGAAAAGAGAGAAGACAAAAAGAACGGGAAACAUAAGAGGAUGAAGACGGGUGAAUAAAAUAAGAUAAGGGAAGACUUGGAAAACAAUUUAAGUCUUUCAUGUCACAGUACACAGGUACAGCAUAAAAUUCCGCUUGCACUUCACGCUCGCAUUGUCUUUUAGGUGAUUUAUAUAUCUUGCUCAAACUGGAGCUUAAAUAUCAAAUUUCGAAGUCGAUAUACAAAACGUACUUCAGCUCAGAUAUUGGAACUUUCAUUAUUUUGUUUGAUUUGCAUAUUGAUUUUUAAAAGUGCUCUGUAAGAAUUUAUGUUUUAUCUCCUGAAUAUUAACAUCGUCUGCUCACGCUGCGCGCUCGCAAAAUUUGAUUUGUCAGGUACCUAUUAUUUUUCUGUAUUCCCAUAAGUUCUCAAAUAUCUGUAUUCAGGUCAACUUGUCAAAACAAAAUAGCUAGCGCUGCAUGCUUGCAUUUUGAUAUGUAUAUCUCAAUAUCAAUUCUAUAACAAACUACUAAAAAUCCUCAUUUCAUGACAGUUAAUCAAAAAAUUUGGCUCGCGAUUUGGGCUCGCAUUGAUUAUUGAAAAUAUAUUAACUCAUGCAUUUUAUUUUAUAAUUACAAAAGUGCUUUAAAUGUCCAUUUUUCAUUUCAUAAUGAAUAUUAACAGGUUUCGCGCUGUCACUGGGCUUAUUAAUUUAAUUUAAUAAAGAACAUUGCCCCUUUUCUAAAAACGGAAUAUCGAUAAGUUUCAUCUCCAGCUUAAGAGGAGAAAUAGCAAGAUAGUCAUCAUUUUCACAUGAUGGGAUUAUGUUCAGAUCUUUUUUUAAAUUGUGAUUCAUAUCCACCUCAUGAUUUUCCUACAAAGUGUUUGAAAUGCAGAGCUUACAUUGACCCCCUUUUCAGAUUGGAAUAUCAAAUAUUUUUAGCUCAAGCUUCGUGCUCGCUUUUUUUAUUUUCAUGAUGA